AUGAACUGACCCUGCAAAUGAACAAGUUGUGUCUGGUUUGUAGCCGGUCCUUGACUUUAUCAAGUCGUCUAGGAAACUCUCAAGCUGCCACGAAGAAAUUAAAACGAUUCUACAGAGAUGUCUCGAUCAAAAAGAACACCUCCGAAUCAGAAUCACUAAAUGAUGAUUUUAGUCCGAGUUUCAAUAUUUACCUGGACAAAAGAUGUUUGAAAACUCCUGGAGGAAAACAACUGGAUGUUGGAAAUGAGUCACUUGCAGUUGGAAUUGCAGACGAAUGGACCUCUCAGAAAGAGUUCAUUUUCCCAACUAGCAUGCAUUUUACCUCAUUAAUCAACUCGUGUAUUGAUAAUCCCCUGAAUCUAACUAGAGAAGAAAUAACAUCUCAUCUGAUUAACCAAUUAGAUUGUGAUGCUAUUCUCAUUUUUGAGUCAGAAAAUGAAGAACUUCUGAAGAUACAAAACGAAUCGUUAUCUCCGAUUAUUGCGUGGAUUAACCAAGAGCUAAACACAAGUUUGAAAGCGUCUAAAGAGCUUCUGAUUGUAGAAAUUUCAGAUGAUUGCAAGUCAAAAAUUGCGCAUUACCUUGAGAAAUUUAACUUCGAAACACUGAUGGGUCUUAAAUUUGCUGUAGAUUCGUUGAAGUCUAUGUUGUUGACGAUAGCAGCUUUUGAGCAGAAAAUAGACUGCGAGACGGCCAUUCAGUUGUCCCGUUUGGAGGAAGAGUUUCAAAUUGCGAAGUGGGGAAAUGUUGAAUGGGCUCACGACGUGAACAGAUUGGAAGUUUUGAGUAGAUUUUCAUCCGCCAUUCUCUUUGCAACUUUUUCGUCUGAAAUGCACUAUCGGAUUAAUGGAGCUUAAUUUUGUUUUAGAAAUAGAGAAAUCUCGAAAUAAUUGUUUGAGACACCUGUUUUUUUAAAUCGACAAAACCGAAUUGAAGUUUUCGUGAUAGGAAAUUCUUCUUUUCCUUCUUUUAAUUAACAGAGCAUAAAGUA